UGAAAUCCUGCUAGUUAUGGGUGAGUAUUGGCUGGACCUGGCGUGUGCCAUUCAAAAUGCUCGACAGUUCGCACUCUUCUCAACGCCUUGCGUUGUUCUGGAUAUUUAUAUGCAUGUUCGCCAGCAAAUGCUACUUUUCAGCAGCAUCUGCUACUAUCUCUCAGACCUGCCACAAUUUCAAAGCAGGUUCCCCGAAAGGAAAGAAAGGGGGAAGGGACUGAGCCAGCUGCCUUUAUCGGAGCAAUACGGGUACCGCGCACCGAUUGCGGCGAUGUUUCUGUGCAGUGCAGGGCUCUAACGCGCUCUUUCAGGCCAGGCGCUUGCGUGAGUGUGCUAUGACCGUGCGUCCUGCUCUUGGGAACCACUCACCCGCUCGCUCAGGGGCGAGACGCUAGAGCGGUUUCGGUGUCGCCGAGGACGCGGAAACGGCUCCCGGAGCAAUGCGAGGAAACCUCUCGGAGGGGAGACUCCUUUGAGCCGGCCGUCGUCCUUGAACCGCGCAUUGCAAAAAGAAGCGCGACGUCAUUUCAGCAGGCGCGCGCGGCGAGGCUUGCCGGGCUAGCAGCGCCGACCCGCUCCCUCCUUUUCCUCAGGCCCAAACGCAGGAGGGAGACGGCGGAGGAGGUCGAACCGUUCCCUCUCGCCGACGAUGACUUCACCUUCCACCAGCCGCAGCCCCGACUGCAACUGCCUUCUGCCUCUGGUGCGGACGGACGCGCGAGGCGCGUGGCCUCGGCUGCCUCCACGAAGCCCGCGCUUGGUAAGGACAGGCCGGUCCGCCGAUGGACUGAGGGCUUCGUUCCGGCGGGUCGGUCGGUGGGUGGACAGAGAGCGGAGCGCCUGGGUCGCCCUAGCCUGGACGGUGAAGAAGGCCGCGUCUUUUGUUACCCCGAUACGCACCUGAGCCCGCUCGGCUAAGCUAGAGCUCGACAGGUCCAGCCGUAUUCGAAAAUCACCCGCCCUUCUGAUUAGGCCCCGCGCUUUUCUUAUGAGCCCUACGGAAGAGGGAAAGGAAGGAUAUAAGGAAGGAAGGACAAGAAAGAAGGUUAUUGCCUUCUUUCUCAAACUCUAAAAAGGCCGGAAAGGUACUUCUGAAAAUUUUGACCCGACUGAAUCCCAUUUAAAUCAGGGCAGCUGUAUAGUGUACUUAUAAAGCAUGGGAUAGGUUUUUAAAAAAGCAAUAUAGGGGAAUUAUAUUAUCUAGUCGGGUAAUUAAAUGUUGGCAAACAAGCUCAGGAAGCACCAAGGACUCCUCAGAAAAAGAAAACAAAACUAGUAGGGAAUAGAGAAAUGAAUGAGCUGAGCUGCUUUAUGUGGUCUUUUUUGCCAUGUUGUUUUUUAAAAUUAAAUGACCACUCCUUUCGGUCAGGCUGAGGAUGGGAAUGACUGAGAUAAAAUGCCAGGUAUGGGACUGAAAUGAUGGCCUUCAAUAAGCCAAGAGUUGAGAUGAUGGGCAUGAUUUUCGGUCAAAGACAUUCCUUUCUCUGCCCAGAGACAAUUUUUACAGUUCCCAUGAUCAUGCUUUGGUUCCUUACAUCCUAGUCCAGGAGACAUCCUGGCCCCAUAUGUAUACUUCAGCCCUUUCAGUCCCAGCCCUGUCAUUCCAGUCUCACACCUUCCUUCUGUUUCUACCACCAACAUGUUAGUAUCAGUUUGGAAGCUGUUGUUCCAGUCCUUGGUCUGCAAUUUCAGUUACAGUCUUGGUCUGGACUUGUAUCCAAUGGUCUGUCUUUAGAGUAUUACAGAGAAAGAAGCACCCUCACCAAUCUCAUUUCAUUGCAAUUCUAAAAUUGUACUUCAUUUUAGAACAGUGUAUAUUUAUAUAUAAAGUCCAGGAAGAUUUUAGCACAACUCUAUUUGGUGUGCCAAUUAUACCUUUUACAAGAUUGAGAGGGCCCUUCAGAGAAUUACUCAUGACCUAGUCACCUUGUGCAACAGGUUCUACAUGGGACUGCCCUUGAAGACCACCCAGAAGCUUCAACUGGUCCAGAAUGUUGCACAUGAACAGUAAUAGGCAUGGCCCAGUAUAUGCCCAUGUAACACUUUUAUUCUGCAAGCUCCACUGAUUGUUGGUUUGCUUCCGGAUACAAUUGAGGGUGCUGGUUGUUACCUAUAUAGCCCUACAUGACAUAGGCCUGUUACUUCAACAUCUGUCUCCUAUAAUAUCUUCCUUGCCAAUUGUAUACUGCAGGGUUGGCACAUUUAUGGUUCCUUCAAUUUGGCAGAGUGUGAAACUCUCACUUAACAUCUUUUAUUGAUUUUAUUGCAAUUGCUUUAACUGUUAUGAACCACAGAAUCAGUGAGAGUCAUUAUUACUAUUAUUAUAUUGUUAGAAUGAGUGCUGGUUGUAAAUAAAUGACAAUAAAUUAUUUCCUGUUGAAUUCAUUUCUGAUUUUUUUGCUGAUAGGAGAAGCUCACAUGGGAUUGUCUGCAUCAAGUGCCAAAAUGCCAUGCAUAUGGAUUUUGAGUGCUGUUUGUUCCCUGCCUCUCUUUGUAUCCAGGUCAUUGGUCUUCCAGUCUCACCAAGUAUGCACCUCAAACGACCAAUGCCAAAUUCACAAUUUUGAAGUACCAGGACAGCAGCAGGUUACAUUCUGUGAUGAUGAACCUGACGGAGUGGGCUGAAACCAAGUGGACAGAUCUCUCAAAUUCCUCAGCACAACUGCCUCCACCAUCUUGGAGAAGCAAUGACUCCUUUUCUUUCCAAGGGGAUCUCCAGGAGAUAAUCCACACAGCCACUUUAGUUACAUGUACCUUCUUGCUGGCUGUCAUUUUCUGCUUAGGUUCUUAUGGCAACCUUAUUGUUUUUUUGUCCUUCUUUGACCCAGCUUUCCGGAAGUUCAGGACCAACUUUGAUUUUAUGAUCCUCAAUCUAUCCUUCUGUGACCUUUUCAUCUGUGGAGUGACUGCCCCCAUGUUCACCUUUGCUCUCUUUUUGGAUUCUGCAGCUGGUAUCCCUGAUGCUUUUUGCUUUACCUUCCACCUUACCAGCUCUGGGUUUAUCAUCAUGUCCCUCAAGACAGUGGCUGUUAUUGCCCUUCACCGAUUAAGCAUGGUGUUAGGGAAACAACCCAAUCGAACUGCCUCCUUCCCUUGCACUCUAUUGCUUACCCUGCUCCUCUGGGCCACAAGCUUUACCCUGGCUACUCUAGCCACCAUGAGGACCCAUAAAUCUCGUCUUUGCCUUCCUAUUUCCAGCCUGAUCAGUGGUGAGGAAAAGAUCAUCCCUUAUUUGUAUGUUAUUGAUUUCAUCUGCUGUGUGACAUUAGUUUCAGUCUCUUAUAUCAUGAUAGCCCAAGCCUUGAGGAAGAAUGCCCAAGUGAGAAAAUGUCCCCCCAUCAUCACAGUUGAUGCCUCCAGGCCUCAUCCUUUUGCUGGAACACUUGCUACUGGUUGUGCUGAUGGGGUACGGUGCACUGUGCCAGCUCUGUAUAGAAACCAAAACUAUAACAAGCUGCAACACAUCCAAACCCAUGCAUACAUGAAGAACUUUGGCCAGUUGUCUGCAUCUGCAGCCAGCAGAUUUCAGUUGGUGUCCAUGAUUAACUUGUCCACGGCCAAGGACUCUAAAGCUGUGAUGACUUGCAUUAUUAUUGUUCUUUCUGUUUUAAUUUGCUGCCUUCCAUUGGGCAUAUCUUUGAUACAGGAUGUUUUGUCCAGGAACAAUGGCAUUGUGCUUUAUCAAUUUGAACUAUGUGGAUUUACACUCUUUUUUUUAAAGUCUGGAUUGAAUCCUUUUAUAUAUUCCCGUAACAGUGCUGGCUUAAGAAGGAGGGUCCUUUGGUUUAUACAAUACUUGGCCUUUGUUUUUUUCUGUUGUAAACAGAAAACACGGCUUCAAGCUGUGGGCAAAGGGAGUCUGGAGGCCAACAGAAAUAAAUCAUCUCAUCAUGAGACCAACUCAGCUUAUAUGCUAUCUCCAAAGCCUCAGAAAAAGUUUUUGGACCAAGCAUGUGGCCCUAGUCGCUCUAAAGAAAGUAUGCUGAGUCCUAAGGCUUCUGUUGGCCAUCAUCAUUAUGGAGGAGGGCAGAGUAGUUCCACCCCCAUGAAUACCCGCAUUGAACCUUAUUAUAGUAUUUAUAACAGCUGCCCUUCUCAGGAAGUGAGCACUCCCAACAGCUUGCAACCAACAAAUUCUCCAUUCAGAUAUGCCAACUCCUAUAUUGCCAUGCAUUAUCACCCAACAAAUGACUUAGUGCGGGAUUAUGACAGUACUUCUGCUAAGCAGAUACCAGUGCCCUCGUUGUAGCUGGUGGGAGCCAGCAGUGUCCAAUGUUCUACCACAAUGGUGGCUAUCAUAUCUUGGCAAGUUGUGCCAUGAGUCAUCCAUAUGAUGUACCAUUAUUGCAUGUGCAUGAAUGUUCAAUCCCUCCACACAUUAAGUUGAUUUUACUUUAGUCAGGCAGCAGCUGGGCUAGGAAAGAUAGGACUGCAAGCUUCAUGCCUUAGCCAGGCUUCUAGGUUCUCCUAUAUGUGUCUUGCAAAUUACUAUUCCAUAUUCUGCCAUUUCAUUAGUAGUGUUUCUCCUUUUUAAAGAUUUCUGUGUGUGUACAGUAUUAUAACCCCAGAUGAUUUCUUCUGGACUCCAGCAAAGAUCAGUCUUUUUAAAAAAUGUCUGCUGCCACAAAUCACCACUGUUUUGUGCUUUAUAACUGAAUUGCUUUCUUGUUUAUAUGGUGAGUGCUCAAAAAUGUGUUUUACAAAGUUGCUUUUUAAAACAUUUCUAUCAAGAGUUAUGUCUAUUAUUGAUUUACCAUGGAACAUUUUUUGCAGAUGACAGUUAGUUAUGUACAAAGAUAAAAAUAAGUUAUAAAAUCUAGUGUCCAGUU